AUGAGUGAGCCCGAGCACUCCGGAGGGUCUUCGCCUCCUCACUGGGUGCGGUCUAAUACCGGAUCGGCGGCUGCGGCUAUCCAAGCACAUUACUCUAUCAAGGGCUUAUCUGGAGGGAGGCCCUUGGGGCUGAUGAAGAAGAAGAGACCACCACGUGGAAGAAUGGCCCCUCAAGGGUUAGCUCGUAAGAGUGAGCUAUCCUACGAUGAUAAGAUGCUGCAAUAUGCGGCCUCACUGACAGUCGCUGAAAAAGCAGGGUUGGUCGAAUCACCACGCAGGCCGUUAACAGAAGAGGAAUGGAAAACUGUGAAGUCACUUUCUGAUAGUAGAAGCGAUGUCUCCUGCUCAAUCUGCCGCGAGCCGUUCCGAGACACUUCACAACUCAUACUGGCAUGCACUCACUCCUUCCACCAGAGGUGCUUCUUGAGCUACUUACACUACGCGGGCUCGGAAACCAGCAAGUGUCCGAUGUGUCGCGCAGAGGCUCAUGACUGGACCACACAUGAUGGUGGCCUUAAUGUAUGGCGCACGAAAUGCGCAACUACGAUUCAAUGUCGUUGGCGAGGAUACAUCCAGAGGUCGCGUCUGAUGAGAGAGCAACUGCCUCCGGGUAGCCUACUCCGGAGAAAGUACACGUUGAGAAUGCUCGAAGCGGCAAGCCGUCGAGCUGAGCACCUGGGCCAAGCGAGAAGCGACGCAGUUGAGAAACUUCUGAAGGAUAUGGACAGAACUACCCUGGAAAGCUCUAGAGUGCUCAGAGAAAGCUUGGCUGCCCUCGAGAUGUUCAGGAAGAGCUCCUCGUUGGAUAAGGCGGAGGAUUCGGGUCCUACGUUGCCUGAUGCGGACAUUCCCAACUGGUUGCAUGAGGCCGUCGCCAACGUUCUAGAGCGUGGUGACUGCGAUUGUCCAAUCUGCUAUGACCACAAAUGCCUCGAUAGUUUCGAGUCCUUCAAGGUCUUCGAGACGCGUUCCUGUCCUAUGUGCCGACAGACGUACGAUCGAAGGCCUUGGCCUUGCAUGUAG